UUUUCGAAAUGUCGAUCGUCUGCUUUCGGUUACUGCGCCUCAGUUAAGUGAAAUCGUUCAACGCGAUCGCGCCUUGACCGAUAAUAGUGUAUUUUAUUUGUAGGUUAGACCACUGUUCAGAUGAUCGAACCAUCGUACGCGUCACUUUCGAUGUAGCAAUGUUCUUUUUCAAAAGAUUAGAUAAUAUAAAUAAGUGUAUUUCUAACUAUAAAGAACUUUUAAUUCCGUGCUUUGAAUUAUGAGUUAUUAAAAAUGCCAAGUGUGAUUAAAAAAUAACUCUAGUUAAAUUCAACAUUGUUGUCUCAUUACUAUAUGAAGUUAAUAACACGAACAAAAAUGUUGAAUACAUCUAAACGCAUUUCCGUUGCGAUUAAAUAAUUUGCAAUAACCACUGAACCGUUUCUCCGUCGAAUGCAUUCAUUCUAACCUGUACAAAAAAUGGUACCGGUAGCAAAAGUCAGUGACGCAUAACGUUUGCCUCCGGUAUCUUAUCUAUAUUUGAGAACCACCUAAAAUGCCCAAGCAGCCUGCGGCGAUACGUCUCCGGUAAUCGUCAGCGUAGUUACAAGGCUUUUGGAUGAUCUCCAAAUUAAGCUGCCGAUGAUUUACGGAAUUGGAUACUUUUCGGACGGCGGGCGAGUUCUUACGCAGUGACCUCGGACAGAUAUAACGAUCCACAUGAUGGUACUGGAUAAUGAUACCGAGUACUUGAGUGGGUAUAAGCGAAACUCCGUAACGGAAUGGUUGCAAAAAACAAAACAGGCAAAGAACAAUGGAAGUGAGAGUCCAGUGUUUGGUUUGGAAGGCAGCGGAACCGCUGCUGGUGGAACUUCUUUGAGACUCGCACCACAGGAAUUACCUAAUGAGAUAUCAGCUCCCUACGAAGUUCCGCAAUUUCCAAUUGAACAAAUCGAGAAGAAACUUUUAAUACAGAGACAACUGACUGUCAAAGCUGCCAAGGAUCUAGAGGAACGCCGUAGCCAUUAUGAGCCCUCGCUCGGACCUGGUGUACCGGAUGACAUCGACCAUAGUUUCAACCUCGAGGAAAAUGACUUCGUGCCACACUUUCAGAGAGUUUCGAUAUCCGGGGAAGAUACUUCCGGAGUACCUCUGGAAGAUCUUCAACAGGCGUCCCAGUUGCUGGUCCAAGCGCUGGCCAUACGUGAAAGAUACAUGAACAACUCGAAACAGAGUUUCCCUUCCAUAACGUCGCGGUUUUUGCGUAGCAUCGACAAAAGGCCAGUGAACAGUGACGAUGAAGUCCAGCACGAUGACCGUAAAGCCAUCGCAGAUCAUCCCGUACACGCACCUGCAUCUCGGGGAGACCCGUGGGAAUGUGAAUUCCCGCCGUCGAAAAAUUACAAAAUCUCACCGGUUAACGGUGUUUUCAAUCUGUACGCUAGCGAAGAAGAUUUUGUUGAGGGAAAACCGAUUCCGUAUUCGUAUCCAGAUUUGGCGGUUUUUGUCAGGGACAUGAAUCUCCUCUGUACAAUGAUCGCCGACGGCCCCUUGAAAUCGUUUUGCUACAGAAGACUGAGUUACCUUUCGUCAAAAUUCCAAUUGCAUGUAUUACUGAACGAGCUUAGGGAACUUGCGAGCCAAAAGGCAGUUCCGCACAGGGAUUUUUAUAACAUCAGAAAGGUUGACACACACAUUCACGCAGCCUCGUGUAUGAAUCAAAAGCACCUCCUCAGGUUCAUUAAAAAGACCCUGAAGAAUCACGCGGACGAGAUAGUAACGUGCUCAAAAAACGGAGAAACUAUGACUCUCCGAGAAGUGUUUCAGUCCAUGAAUUUGACCACUUACGACCUCAGCGUUGACAUGUUAGAUGUACACGCAGAUAGAAACACGUUCCAUAGAUUCGAUAAAUUCAAUGCCAAGUAUAAUCCGAUCGGGGAGAGUCGGCUUCGCGAGGUCUUCUUGAAAACGGACAACUAUCUGAACGGGAAGUUUUUCGCGAGCAUUAUCAAAGAGGUUGCCAGCGAUCUUGAAGAAUCGAAAUACCAAAACGCGGAGCUGCGUCUCUCGAUUUACGGUAAAAACCCCGAAGAAUGGGACAAAUUAGCGAAAUGGGCUAUUCAGAGCGACGUGUACUCAGACAACGUGCGUUGGCUCAUUCAAAUACCUCGGCUUUAUGAUAUCUUCAAGUUAAACAAACUGAUGACAAACUUCCAGGAGAUUUUAAAUAAUAUCUUCCUUCCUCUAUUUGAAGUAACAAAUGAUCCCGAUUCUCAUCCAGAGUUACACAAAUUCCUUCAAUAUGUGAUAGGAUUUGAUUCGGUUGACGAUGAAAGUAAGCCUGAAAAUCCUUUAUUUGAUAAGGAUGUUUGCCCACCGGCAGAAUGGGAUGACAUUGAAAAUCCUCCCUAUGGAUAUUAUCAGUACUACACUUAUGCUAACAUGACUGUUUUAAAUCAUUUUAGAGCUGAACGAGGUUUUAACACCUUCGUUCUUAGACCUCAUUGUGGUGAAGCAGGUCCAAUUCAACAUCUUGUGUGUGGUUACAUGAUGGCAGAGAAUAUUUCCCAUGGUCUUUUACUCCGAAAAGUUCCAGUACUGCAGUACUUGUACUAUUUGGCACAAAUUGGGAUAGCUAUGUCACCUCUCAGUAAUAAUUCUCUCUUUUUGAACUAUCAUCGCAAUCCUCUUCCAGAAUACUUAGCUAGAGGUUUAUGUAUAAGCUUGUCUACAGAUGAUCCACUUCAAUUCCACUUUACUAAGGAACCUUUAAUGGAAGAAUACAGUAUUGCUGCGCAAGUAUGGAAACUCAGUUCAUGCGAUAUGUGUGAACUAGCACGUAAUUCAGUACUUAUGAGUGGUUUUCCACACAAGAGUAAACAAUACUGGCUUGGACCAAAUUAUACUAAGGAAGGAGUAGCUGGUAAUGAUAUUACCCGAACAAAUGUGCCAGACAUUCGAGUAGCCUAUCGUUAUGAAACUUUAGUCGACGAGUUGUCAAACAUUUUUAAAGUCGUUGAAAAACCUGAAGCCGUUCCAUUUUAACUUUAGUCGAAAUAUGUAUAUUACUUUAUGACUGCAAAUCGUAUCCACAAGAUUCGAUGAAAUUCUAUCGAAAAAUAUUUAAAACGCGAACUAUAACUAAUCAUGUGAUUUAUGCUAACGAUCUUUGUGAACCUUAAAUGAUUCCUUUGUAAAAGGUAUUUCUUUUAUUGAAUGUAUAACAAUAUGAGAAUUAUUUUUUUAACAGUAGUUAUAGAACCAUUAAGUGCAAUUUAAAUGAUAUCCUUUGUAUGCCACGUAUCAGUUUAUACACUGUCAAUAACUUCUAAGCGUACCAUCUGUAUAUAUUGAUAAUUUGAAAAUUUUCUUUUCUUUUUACAUCGUCAGAUAUUUCAAGCAUGGAAACAUAUAUUAUCCCAUAUAAAUAUAAAUUAAGUUACAGGGAAAUAUCUUUUAUUCAGAUCCCAGAAUUUUGAUAUAAGACAAGGAUAAAUUAAUCUGAAAUUUUUCACACACGUUGACCAAUAUGUUAAUAGUUAGGUAUUAGAUAGGAUUAAAGUUUGAACUGCUCCAAUUUUUAGUAUCCAUAUUAAAUCGAAUAUUAUUAUAUAAAUUCAACUAAACUGAAUACUGUAUUAAUUUUAUGUUAUAAAUGUAUGAUAUACAGUAAAGAAAUAAUUUUUUAUGCCUUAGUCGCAGUAAAAAUUGUCAGCCCAACUUUCAGAAUUUAGUUUUAGUUUCUUAUCUUUUUGUACAUUUAUACAGCCUGUAUGAUAUUUGUUUUUAACAUGUGUCUUUAACUUGUAAACGGAUAGUUUUUUUGUAGAUUAUACAUGUAUACCUUAUCAUGUCUGUAUGGUAUUAUUUUAAUGAAUGUGUAAACACAAGAUUUGAGUGUACUAAAUUGAAUAUUCUGUACAAAUCAAUCAUGAAGGUAUGAUACAAAAAAUUAUACCAUUUACCUUUAAACUAUUAGCAUGCAAAUAAUAAAGUAUUUCGUUUCUUGAAACAAUUUUUCCAUCAACAAGCUUUUACUGGCAAAUGUGUAAUAAUAAUAAUAACAACAAAAACAACAAUAAUAAUAACAACAAUAACAAUAAUAAUGUACAAGUAUAUAUGCAUACUAUGUCCUAAUAUUAAACACAAAUUGUUACUAGGUAGGAAAAAUGUAUUUAUUGUACAUACUAUAUUCUAAAAAAAAAAGAAAUACACUUAUAUUGUUAAAA